UCUGCUUUCUCGAUCGAGCUGCUCUCGCGUCGUCUACAGCUGGUUGAGAUGGGGGUGGGCGUGCUUAAGCUUCCCGCAAAGCUAUGCGCAGCUGUGCUACUGCUGGCCAUAUUCCUUCCUCGACACAGUCUUUCAGCGAACAUUACCUUGCUUCCUUCUUCUGGUGAUGAAAAUAGUUCAGAAACGUUUUCCGAUUGUCAUGGUAGCUCAAGAAAGGUGAACCCAGGCAAGAAACAUCCUGAAUUUGAAUGUAGAAGCAGUCAGGUGGUGGAAUAUCAUGGCAACAGAGAAACGCCACUUCGCAGUCUAAGAUCAACAUGGUAUCCCGGGCCACCACCACCGAUUCGAAAUCAGAUAAAGACAUUCGGUUAUGUGUCACCUCCUUCUGGACCCAUGCAUUGAAGAGCCAAGUUAGUUGCAUUAAUCUUCCGUUACGUGCAUGCACUUGUGCAUACAUAUUUGGUAAUCAAGGAAUUAAGUUGGUCCCAGCAGGUAAUUAAAUGGAUCAAUCGAGCUCGGUUUCUGUAAACAGUUUCUCAUUUGAUGAAUUUCUCUAUCAUUUUGUGACCCAAGCAUUGCAUCGUGUCUUUAAAUUAAUUAAUG